AUGUGUGCAAGAAAAAUCGCAGGUGUCCUUGGGGCCACUGGUGCAGUGGGUCAACGUUUUAUUUUGCUGCUGGCUGACCAUCCUGACUUCGAACUGAAAGUUCUAGGUGCAUCUUCGAGAUCUGCAGGCAAAAAGUACAUAGAUGCGGUCGUCUGGAAGCAAACCGACUUGCUGCCUGAGUUUGCCGAAAAUAUCGUUGUCAGCGAGUGUAAGUCUGAUGCUUUCAAAGAGUGUGACAUUGUCUUCUCCGGGCUUGAUGCUGACUACGCCGGACCAAUCGAAAAGGAAUUCGUUGAAGCUGGGUUGGCGGUCGUCUCAAACGCUAAAAAUUAUAGAAGAGCACAAGAGGUGCCAUUGGUCGUCCCAAUUGUCAACCCAGAACACUUGGACAUGAUUGAAGCAAGAAAAGCAGAUGGUAAAAAGUCAGGUUUCAUCGUUUGUAUUUCAAACUGUUCAACAGCAGGUUUGGUCGCACCUUUGAAGCCAUUGGUUGAAAAGUUCGGCCCAAUUGAUGCAUUGACUACCACUACCCUACAAGCUAUCUCUGGUGCAGGUUUCUCACCUGGUAUUCCAGGCAUCGAUGUCCUUGACAACAUUGUUCCCUACAUUGGUGGCGAAGAGGAUAAGAUUGAAUGGGAAACAACAAAGAUUUUAGGUCAUUUGUCGUCUGACAAGAAGGAGAUUCGUGCUUUGUCAUCAGAAGAGAUCAAGGUUUCCGCUCAGUGCAACAGAGUCGCCGUUUCUGACGGUCACACCGAAUGUAUCUCGUUGAGAUUUAAAAAUAGACCAGCACCUUCCGUGGAGCAAGUUAAAGAUUGUUUGAAAACCUACGUUUGUGAUGCUUACAAAUUGGGCUGUCAUUCUGCUCCAAAGCAAACAAUUCAUGUUCUUGAACAAAAUGAUAGACCUCAACCAAGGCUUGACAGGAACAGAGAUGCUGGUUUCGGUGUCUCCGUUGGUAGAGUCAGAGAAGACCCUGUUUUAGAUUUCAAAAUGGUCGUCUUAUCUCAUAACACAGUUAUUGGUGCCGCUGGUGCUGGUAUUUUGAUUGCCGAAAUCUUAUUGGCUAAAAAAUUGAUUUGA